CUUUCUCUCUCAUCUUCACUCGCAUCCAGUCUUCCUCUACAAGAACCAGAGACCAGUUCCAAGAGAGUCCUCUUGAUGGCUUAUAUGUAAUCCUAAAACCAGUAGCCAAAUGGGAGGAAUCACUCAGCAGGAAGCGCACUAUCUGGGAUAUCUUCUUUACUGAUUUGUGGUCUUUGAAUCAAAAUAGAACUGUUAGGUUGGACACUUAUAUUCGGCGAGAAAAGAAACAGGAAAAUGGAGAGGGUCUGCGAAGAGUUAGAUGAAGCUAAAGCUGAGAUUGAGAACCUCAGGGUAGAUCUGAAAAGCAAAUUAGAACUGUCCAACAGUCUGAAGAAAGUGCACAAUGAGCAGAUCAUUAAAAUCCAGGAAUUGAGUUCGAAAAAUGUGAAGCAGAAUGAAGAACUAAAUGAGAAGGCAGAAGAAAUAUCUGAACUGAAGCAGAUGAACGACAAUCUUAAGUGCAGAUUGAAUGAAAGGGAGUCUAUUACCAAAUGUCUGAAUGCUGCAAAUGAUAAGCUCAGAGCUGAAUAUGAUGAGAAAUACCGAAAAUGGGAAGAGGAAAAUAGAGGGCUGCUAGUGGCUUUAGAUGAGGCAAAUGAGAAGAACGUAGAUCAGGAGCAAAAGAUUAAUGUAUUUAUGGCGGAGAUUGAAGGCCUGAAAGGGCUCCUAUCAUUUUCAGAGAAGAAGUAUCUAGAAGCAGAGAAAAAAGCGCAAUCAUCCAAAGAACUGAGAGCAAGAGACGAUGCACUAGUCAAAUUAGAAGAGGAAAACCAGGAGCUGGAGGACCAACUAAAAUGGAAGAAGGAGCAGUUCCAGCAUUUAGAAGAGGCACACAAAAAGCUUCGGGACCAGUUCAGGACAAGCAAGAAAGAGUGGGAGCAGGAAAGACUCACCUUAGUUGAUAAGAUUAGUUCACUACAGUCAAGCUUAGAUUCUCAGACCAGAAUCUCGGAAGACCUUCAAAGACGGUUGAAGAUGUGCAACCAAGCCCUUGCUCAUGAAGAGAGCCGGAGAAAAUACCUGGAAAUUGAACUUUCUGAAUUCAAAACACGCUUUGAGUGUGUUUUUACAGAGUGCCAGGAUGCUAAGUCACAACUGGAAUUCCUGACUACUCAGAGAGAGAGAGAAAUUGCUGCUCUAAGACAUUCACUGGACAUAAAAGAAACAUUUCACAAAGAAAUGGAAUACAGAGCGGGGAAGCUGGAGCAAGAAAAGCUAGAGCUGCUGGAAUCCCUUAGAGAACUUCAAGAAGCUGGGAUACAUGAAGCAGGGAAUUCGUCUUCUGUGGGUAAGCUGCAAACCAGGUUGAAAAAACUGGAAAAGAUGCACAGAGGUUGCUCUGACAAACUUAGAGCUAAAGAAGCUGAAUGGAGCUCUCAGCUGGACAAAACAUUUGCGGAGCGAGACUUGAUGCAGAAAGACCUAGAGGAGCAAGUUUUGCUGAUGGAAAGUAACUUCAAAGAGAAACUUAGAGAAGUUACCGGGACAUUAGACAUGGCAAACUCUGAAUUGGCUGAAGAGCGCAAAAAGACAGUUUGUUUGCUAGCCAGGGUCAAGUCCUUAGAAGAGCAUGCCAUGGAGAUGGAAAGUGACUCAAAAAUGAAACUUAUAGAAGUGUCUGAUGCCUUGAACAUGGAAAAUUCUGAAUUGGCUGAAGAGCACAAAAAGACAGCUUGUUUGCUAACCAGGGUCAAGUCCUUAGAAGAUCAUGCCUUGGAGAUGGAAAGUGACUCGAGAAUGAAACUUAUAGAAGUGUCUGAUGCCUUGAACAUGGAAAAUUCUGAAUUGGCUGAAGAGUGCGAAAAGACAGCUUGUUUGCUAACCAGGGUCAAGUCCUUAGAAGAGCAUGCCUUGGAGAUGGAAAGUGACUCAAAAAUGAAACUUGUAGAAGUGUCUGAUGCCUUGAACAUGGCAAAUUCUGAAUUGCCUGAAGAGCGCGAAAAGACAGCUUGUUUGCUAACCAGGGUCAAGUCCUUAGAAGAGCAUGCCUUGGAGAUGGAAAGUGACUCAAAAAUGACACUUGUAGAAGUGUCUGAUGCCUUGAACAUGGCAAAUUCUGAAUUGGCUGAAGAGCGCAAAAAGACAGCUUGUUUGCUAAACAGGGUCAAGUCUUUAGAAGAGCAUGCCUUGGAGAUGGAAAGUGACUCAAAAAUGAAACUUAUAGAAGUGUCUGAUGCCUUGAACAUGGCAAAUUCUGAAUUGGCUAAAGAGUGCAAAAAGACAGCUUGUUUGCUAAACAGGGUCAAGUCCUUAGAAGAGCAUGCCUUGGAGAUGGAAAGUGACUCAAAAAUGAAACUUACAGAAGUGUCUGAUGCCUUGAACAUGGCAAAUUCUGAAUUGACUGAAGAAUGUGGGAAGACAUCUUCUUUAUUGAGGAGGGUUGAAUCCUUGGAGCUUAUCGAAGACCAGUUGUGCCUGAUGCAAAAACAGCUCGAGAGUUACAGGGAAAUGCUUGAGGAGUCAUCCAGGUAUAAGCUUCAGCUAGAAGAGCAGGUUUUGCAGAUGGAAAUUGACUCAAACGAGAAACUUGGAGAAGUUAAUGAUGCUUUAGACAAAGCAAACUCCGAACUAGAUGAGAGAAUUUGUGCAGCACAUGAAAUUGAAUUUCAACUAUGGAUAUGGAGGUCUAUUGCUCAACGUCUUAAAGAUGACCUUGAACAUAAUCAGGAAUUGCGGAAGGAAUUGGAAGCCUCUCUUCUUGCACAAGUAGUGGAUGGGGAGACCAAUAAGAAAGAGAGAGAGUGCCUUAUCCAUAUGUUAAAAGAGAAAGGCAGUGAAAUAGAUAAUCUCCAGCAGCGUAUUGCAUUAUUGGAGCAAAAGAUUGAAAAAGAACAACUAGAAGCUAACGAUUCUGCACCGGUGAAGAAAACAAUGUCUCUUGUGUCAGAGAAAGAGAGCUUUCUUCAAGAAAUGAGAGACAAGGACAAGAUUUUAGAGGCUCUCCAGAAAGAGAUAGGGUUGCUGGAGCAGGAGUCACUAAGAAGAGAAUUGGAGGGCAUGGUGAUUGCACAGAUAACAGCGGAGAGAAGGUUUGAGGAUGAGACAGGGAACCUCAUUUUGCUUGUUGAAGGCAAACAGAAGAAAAUAGAUGGUCUUCUGCAGCUUGUGAAGUCGUUAGAACGAAAAUUCAAGAACUCAUUGAUUUCUUUCUCUUCACAGCUUGCUGAGAAGCAGAUGGAGAUUGAUAUGGUACAUGAAGCAUGGGAAAAGACCACUGCAGCUGAAAUUUUGGCUCAACUAGAAAUUGAAGAGAAAAAGCUGAUGAUUGUAGAGCUGGAAGAUGACAUCUGUCACGUACAACAGAAGCUGGAAUUGCAGGAAAAUUUAUCAUCUCAUUCAAAACAGCAAGCAUUGCAUAUUGAAGCUGAAGCCAAGGCAAAAGAAACAGAAAUAAAGAUUCUGGCAAAUCAAAUGGAGUCAAAGCUGAAAGAAUCAGAUGCCUUAAUCAACAAGCUCAGGGAGGAAAAACAAAAAUUACAUGAAGAUGUUAUGGAGUUGUUGUCAGAAAGGGAAAACCUCUUGCAUUUUAUUGAGGGGCUAGAAGACAGAAUCAGUAAGCUCUCCAUCGAAGAUAUGAAACUGAUGGGAAUGUUGGGACGGAUGUCUGAUGUGGUCCCACAAGGUGAUUAUAGACUAUUUGACACCGUGAAGGAGAACGUGACAUCUCACCCUUCAUCCCCAAUGAAGAAAUUUGAGGUGAUUCCUGAGGGAAGGUCGCCAUUUAGAGAGCUGAACUACAGCUACAACAGGUGAAAAAGUUAGUUAUCUGAACUACUCUUUCAGAACUUUCCCAUGCAAUAUGGAGCAUGGAGUGUUUGUGCUUUCAGUUUGUAUAUCACGUUUCAUGCCUGUAAAAGCAUUUUCUACGACAGUUAGAUCGAUUUAUUCAUUUUCAAUGCAUUUUCUACGACAGAGAGAUCCAUUUAUUCA